UUAUAGAUAACAGAAAAUGCAUCAUCUUCAACAGUAGAAUCUGUUUUCUGUCUUCAGUUUAAAGUCUUUUACAGGCUGCAACUAUCAUACAGAUGUUAUUGUCAGAUAGGCUAAAUGGGCAGACACUUGUUGCCUUAGUCUGCAUGAAACUAGGAGGGAUCUAUAAGGCGCAUCUCACAGAGAGAGAGAGAGGGCUGCUGACUCAGGACUUGUCUCCCCCGGCGGACUGAAGCGGCUGCAGAGACGUGAACGAGGCACAGCUAUGUUGGGUGUCCUCACCCUUCUGUCCCUCAGCUCCCUGGUGGCCCUGGUGCCUCCUCCAAAUGUUCCUUGUGUCCUCUGUCAUCACUGCUGCAACCACCUGGAGCCAGCAGAGGGCAGCGGAGCCCAGCCUCCCACAGCAGGGUUCAACCAUGUGCCAGAGGUCCGCACCUACAUCAACAUGACCAUCCUCAAAGGUGACAAAGGUGAACGUGGCGACAGAGGAACUCCAGGUAAAGCUGGACAAGAAGGCCCCUCAGGCUCCAGAGGUUCCAUGGGCUCAAAAGGUUCUAAGGGCCAGGCGGGUCUCCCAGGAGACCCCUGCAAAGUCCAGUACUCUGCCUUCUCCGUCGGCCGUCGCAAAUCCCUCCACAGCCUGGAGUCCUACCAGGCGCUUGUGUUUGACACAGUCUUCGUCAACCAAGACGACCACUUCAACAUGUUCGAUGGGAAAUUCCUCUGCCAAGUCCCGGGGAUCUACUUCUUCAACGUCAACAUCCACACGUGGAACUUCAAAGAGACGUAUCUGCACAUCAUGCACAACGAGACGGAGCAGGCCAUCGUGUAUGCCCAGCCCAGCGACCGCUCCAUCAUGCAGAGUCAGAGCCUGAUGCUGGAGCUGAAGCUGAAGGAUGAGGUGUGGAUCCGCCUGUACAAGAGGGAGAGAGAGAAUGCGAUUUACAGCGAUGACGUAGAUGUCUACAUCACCUUCAAUGGAUACCUCAUCAAAGGUAUAGCCUAGAGUGGAACUGAGCGAGAGAGGGAAGGCACGGCCCGAGGAUGAGACUGUCCGAGCUCGGUUGGAUGGAAAGCAAACAAAGUGUACUGACAUGGCAGCAGAAUGCAAUUCAAUGUAAAAUUGUUUCUAUAUUUAGAUUUUGAAAAAGCAUUUCAGUUUGCUCCACAGUGGUGCUAAGAUUAAAAUGGUUACCGGAGAACAAGCAAUACCUCUUUGAGAAAAUGUGAAGAAAUAAACUGAAUACGCUCGUCAACCUAAUAGAAAAUGUAAUAGUUCAACAUUUUGGAAAUAUAAUCAUUUUCUUUUCUUGCCGAGAGUUAGAUGAGGAGAUUGAUAUUCUCACAUCUCAUGGUAACCAGCAGCCAGUUAGCUUAGCUCAGCAUAAUAUCUGGGAAUCACCAAACAGCAAGCCUGGAUCUGUCCACACGGGUAACAAAAUCUCCCUACCAGCACCUCUGAAGCUCACUAAUUCAAAUUCAUUUGUAGUUUAAAAACAACUAUCUUGAGCCUGACCAGUUCUUGCCCCCCGGAGCAGAGACAACUUGACAUGUUUACUCUUUGGUUUUGCAGGAAUUAAAUAAACAAGAUAAAGAUAUUGAAUUAGUGCCGAUGCAAGUAGGUUUGCAGCCUUCAGAUGGAGCCAGGCCUGCUGUUUCCUCCCGUUUCCAGUCUUAAUGCUAAGCUAAAGUGGAGAACAUCUUGCGAUGGGAUCACACCAGGCGGGAUGCCAAAUUAGGCCAGGUGGGGGGGGGGCCUUCCCUACUUCCAACCCCCCUACUACCUACACCCAUCUUCAAACUCAACCAUUUUUAUCUUAAUUACACACUUGUAAAGUUUUGUAACAGCAUCUUGCACGGUCGUGAAGGUAUCACGAUGACAAAAUAUGUUCACAGAUAUAUAAAAAGUACUUUAAAGCAGCGUUUUGUGUAACCCGGCUCUGGUAAGAAAACUUAGUGAGUUCACAGAAUAACGUGGACUGUUGUUGAGUUUCACAUGUGGUGCUAAAACAUGGUGCUAACUGAACGAUAGUUGUGAAACUGGGGGAAGUACAAUGUCUGGAUGUCCCAGAAAUAUGUAUUGGAUUCAUUUUAAUUUCUUUUUUAUUGACUGAACUAUGUUUUGCUUUUAAAGUGUACUUGAAUGUUUGUCUCCCUCCCUUUUUUAUUAUAUUAUCAUGUGACUGAAGAUAAACUGGAGGCGCAACUGCAACAUAAAGCAGCAAUAGCUAAUCUGACAAGUCUAAAGUUAGUUAUAUUAAAUUGAUUAACGUCAGCUGUGACACAAAUACCUGCAGUUAAUACAUUUAUUAUCAACUCUGGUACUAACGUGACUAUAAAAGCAUUAAUGCAGGUAUUCCAAUUGUAUAAUACUCUUAAUUGUAGUAAUCACACUAAUUGGUUUUACUAAUAGUCUUUGUACUGAUAUUAACAUUGUGUUUUAGCCACAAAUUGAAUGCAGUUCCUCACUGUGACCACUGGAGGGAUGAUUUUAAAGCAUGAUGCUCUCAUGUCACAACCUCAUGUUCAGUGAAAACUUUAAAAAAUAAAACAGGCAAAACGGAGCUCGUGUUUCUGUUUAUGUGAAGGCUUAACAUCGCUGUUACACCAUUGCUGAGGAUGGGAGCUGUCUUCUUCUUAUGAUGCUGUUCACCCAGGCGCACACCUUCGCCCACCACUACAGAUGCCUGUGGAGACGCAGGCUGGU